UGAUGACAAGGUCGACGCGGCGAACAGCGAGAGAAAGUAAAAGAAUCGCAGGCGAGCGCUCCCGGAACUCCUCGUCACGCGGCGCCGACGGCUCGGCUCGACGCCACGCUCGCCGGAAGUCCCGAGUGGUCAUGUCUGUCGCCCGCCGCAUUCUGCUCCUGAUGGUCUGCGUCUGUGCGAGUCAGACAUGAAUAAUCGCUCCAUCGCCUGGUGGCUGCGGCAGAUCGGCUUGCCCCAGUACACAAAGACCCUGGAGAGCGAAUAUUACGGGCUGGAGGGUCUGCUGAACGUGAACGAGCACGAGCUGAAGGAGGCGGGGAUCGAGGACGCCUCGCACAGAGAAACCAUCCUGACUCAGCUUUGGAGACACCGCCAGAAGCUGGAGCCUCACUUGGGUGUGCAAAUGGAACGCCGGGUGAGCAGAAAGCACUCGCUGGGCUCGUCCUUGGAUUUGGUGAAGCCCAGCAAGGAUCUGUUCCGCCAGAGUGUCCUGCCCCGCCUCCACCGCGCUGACAAAAAGCACCGCCUCUCCGCUUCCUGCUCGCAGCUGCGGCCCCUGGACGAGGACCACGCUUAUGGCACGCUGGACGGCUGUCGGGAGAGCAAGCGCAGCAAAAGGAGGAGCGUCGCCGCAUACUUGAGCCAGGUGUUCGGAGGUCGCAAGGAGAUGGACCCCCUGAAGAAGGAGCUGGAGGAAGAGCUGAAGCUCAGCACCGAGGACCCCAGGAGCCACGCCUGGUACCACGGGCCCCUCACCAGAGAGGCUGCAGAAGCUCUCCUCCAGAGGGACGGCGACUUCCUGGUCCGAGACUCCAGCUCGUCCGCGGGCGACUACGUCCUCAGCUGCUACUGGAGGAACGAGCCCAUGCACUUUAAGAUCAUACGAGUGGUGCUGAGACCCAAAAAGGGCUACUCCCGGGAGCUGUUUCAAUUUGAGGAGGACCGCUUCGACAACGUUCCGGCUCUCAUCCGUUUCUACGUGGGCGGGCGGCGGCCCAUCUCGCAGGCCUCGGGGGCCAUCGUCUUCCACCCGCUGACCAGGACGCUCCCUUUGCGGGUCAUCGCCGAGCGACAGCGCGCCGACGGGAAGUCCCAACGCGAACGCGGCAAGCGGCUCAGCUUCAGCAGCACAAUGGGAGACGACCUGAACAUCAACCCUCUGCUCAGGAGCGGGAGUCACCCCGGCAACCUGGAGAACCUCGGCUGCAGGCCUUCGCUCCAGUCGGCCCAGUCGGACAGCAACCUGAGGCCCGGCGCUCCUCAAAGCUCCAAAUCAGACGACAUGGGCCCGCCUCCCAUCUCGCCGGUGUUCCGCACGGGGAGCGAACCCCUUCUCGGCCCGAAGCCGCGCCAAAUGCGUCCCUGUCACCCUGGUGGUGGCGCGACGCUGCGGGGGUCCGACAGACAGCUGCACUCCCGGGCGCCCCCCAAGCCCCUCAGGAUCUCCGCCGUGUUCCCCAAAGCCGCCCGACCCGCCGCGCCCUCGGAUCGGGACGAUGACCCGUCCGCUUUCUACGACGAAUUGGUCGUUCAGGUGCCGCAGUCCCGGCGCAAGGGUCACGUCGAUCGUCUUCGAGCGGAGGAAAAGUGGCAGAGCCGGGCGCGGAUCACAGAGACCUCCUUCGGCUUCCUGGAGGACGACGACGGCGGCGAGGGGGCGUCCCCCCGCCUGCCGCGACUGCCCGACAAGGAACAAUUUGAACGGCCGCAGACGGAAUGGAGCUCCUGCUUCCGGCUGGACCGCUUCGAGUCGCUGCUGCUGCCGGACAACAACCGCCCGCUGGAGCCCGGCGUGCUGCUGGCGCUGAAGGAGCUCUUCAACCGCUCGGACCCCGACACCACCGCCCUGCACAUGCUCAGCGUGGACUGCCGGGUGGCGCGCAUCGUGGGCGUGACGCCCGAGCAGAGGCGGGCGAUGGGCGUGGCCUCCGGCCUGGAGCUCAUCACGCUGCCGCACGGCCGACAGUUGCGGCGAGACCUGCUCGAGAGGCACCAUCUGAUCGCGUUGGGCGUGGCCGUGGACAUCCUGGGCUGCACGGGUACGGUGAGCCAGCGGGCCGCCGUGCUGCACAAGUUCAUCCUGGUGGCGCAGGCCCUCAAGGACCACGCCCGCGACCUCUACGCCUUCUCGGCCGUCAUGAAGGCGCUGGACAUGCCUCAGGUGGUGCGGCUGGAGAUGACGUGGCGCUCGCUGCGGAGGAACCACACGGAAAGCGCCGUCCUGUUCGAGAAGACCCUCAAGCCCUUCAUGAAGGCGCUCGACGAUAGCGACGAGUGCGUUUCGGGUGAUCCGGUGGCCGUGCCGCACCUGGUUCCCGUGCUGCUGCUGAUGGAGGGCGAGGACCCCGUGGAGGACAGCCUGCGAGGGUGCGAGAUGCUCUACGACCUCCUGCAGGCGGCCCGUCGACACGCCGCGCACUCGCACCAACACCAGCAGCGCGCCAGCGAGUUGCUAGCAAGCGACUGGACGCCCAUCCCCGAGAUGCUGGAGGCCUUCCGGACCGAAUUUGCCCUGCGACUCUUCUGGGGACAAUCGGGAGCGGAAGCGGACGUCAAGGAACGCCACGACAAGUUUGACAAAAUUCUCUGCGUGCUCUCGGAUAAACUGGAACCGGUCGAGAUCAGACCCGACCUGCCGCAGCCUCUCUGCUGAGACCGCGGGAACAGCGUUCAAUGAUCAAAAUGCGAUUUCAACAGGACGGAGAAGUCUUUGUCCACGAGUAAUGCCUGCGCACGAUUCCGCUUUUAAUUGGACCGCAGCCCGUCUCGGCAGUUGCGCAACCCCCGCCACCCAUCCACCCUCCCCCUUUCCUUUUAUGAUCAAAAUAUGAUUUCUGACACAUAAGAGAAGCCUUUGCCAAAGUUGCAAUUAUUGACCUACGACCAACGGACCAUUCGUUUGUAGAUUGGACUGCAGCCCAACUAUGCAGUUGUAUGUGUUGAAAAUGUGAAUUCUGACGUGACAAAACUGGAGCCCGAUCUGCUCUGGGAGCAAUGGUGGAGAACUGUUGCAACCCACUCGGCGGGUGUACAAACGUCAAAUGAGACAUGACAGACAGGUCAUCGUCAUCUAACCGCAGCCUAUCUAGUCAGUUGUCCCCUACACAAUUACCCCAUGAUCUUUUUUUUUUCCUUUUCUCGCCAAUUCCGGACAUCUGUUGUAACAAACGUCAAAUGAGACAUGACAGACAGGUCAUCGUCAUCUAACCGCAGCCUAUCUAGGCAGUUGUCCCCUACAAAAUUACCCCGUGAUCGUUUUUUUUUUCCAUCUGUUGUACUGAGCUACCGUUGUCACACUAGCGGUUGUUUUUUGUUUCUCUUGUGUAAAUCAUUUUGCCAAGUAAAUGUUUCUUUUUAUU